GCUAGCGGCAAGGCGGCAUGGAUCAGAUUUUCCGACCACGCUGCUUCCCCGCCCUGGACAAGCUCUUCAGCGCUGGCCCCGGACCGCCAUCGCAGGAGGCGCUCGCUGAGUUCAUGCGGAGCACGCACGCUGCCAUCACUGAACAUGUCGACGCGGCAUCGCACUCAGUGUUGCGCGCCGCGGUGCACGGAGGGCGCAACCUUAUGGAGGAGUCUGCGGAGGAGGACUCACACUGCCAGCCGAUCGAGGUAUUUGGCGUCACCGCCACGGUUGUCGGCUUGAGUAUACUGCUCGUCGGGGCGGUCGUGGCUGCGCGCAGCAGAUUAGGGCGCUCCGGCAGAGGGACCGUCACAUACACGCAGAGGGACCUCGACCUAUCCCUCGUGUGAGCCUUUAAGAGCUCGCCUGUACGUGUCUCCUCCUGUCCGUGUCGUCCGUGUCGUACGGUGCGGACGUGCGCCUCCGUGCGGUGCUCAAGUCCGCCGUCGUGUGUGUGGUCGCAUGGCGCACACGCUACGUGUGUGUGUGGGUGAGGGUGUGAAUGAAUCUGCCGGCACCAUAAAUGAC